AAGGAGGGAAGUAUCGGCAAGCAAUUUACCACUGAGGGCGCCAUUGGUGGUGCGGCGCAGAAGAUUGGAGGUCCGUUGGCGGCGGACGGAGCCAUUGGAAAGAACUUUACUACCGAAGGAGCAAUCGGAGGCACUGCGCAGGAGAAAUUGGCGGACAAGAAGUGA